AGAUGACGUCAUACCGAUACGACAGCCAGGACCAGGUAGCUAGUUACUCCUACGGAAAAACAGUUGUCAUCUCACACUUAAUUAAGGUCUUAAAUAGUGGUAAAACCCCAUCUUAGUAAUUUGAAGUCAAGUAAUUGUCAUCUGUGAUACAAAAUCAGGGAUUUUUGUACCUCAAGUGAUGUUCGUGCAGGCUCCACUCCACUUCACUACCGCUACACUACGCUCCACCUACCAGCACAUCAAGCCCGUGAACUCGCUUUGAUACUCCAAGUGACAAAGUGUCAGCUAAUUGGGCUUCAUUUACAACAUGAGGUGAUCAGAUACAUCGUACACAUCAUCAAACACUGGAAUAGAAGUUUUUAGGGAUUGGAUUCAUUAUGUCUCAGCAGUGUGUGUUGCCCUCACUGACGGCAAUGUUCCAGUUUGGUAUGCCAAGCAUGGACAACCUGGAGAUGGUCAUAACAGAUAUUGAUGAACAACUCAAGCAAAAUGAUAAGAAGAUUGAAGAGACUCUGCAGAAGUUGGUGCAAGCAACAAACAGCCUUUCACUUGAUAAUAAUUAUACCAAUAUCAAGGAUGCUAUGGACAGUUUGAUUCAAACACCAGUCCUUGAAGAAUGUGCCUGCCUCACACCAGAUACAGAAGAUGUCAACAAGCUUCUUAAGGCAAUUCUUCAACAUGCAGUAAACCAUCCCAACUCUGAGGCAAUCAUCUUUGAACAGCUACUUGGCUUAGCGUCACACGAAGGUCUUGGUCUCCCUAUCCGUGCACCUAAACCAUCCUAUGUAGCUGCUUCUGCAGUGUCUAUCAACACCAUUGGUGAUUCGCUUGAACAGGAGAAUGACUCGCUGUGGGAGGAGAUCCGAUCUCGCCUAAAGCGCUAUUUUCUAGACAGACUGCAUGCCAUCAAGUUAUCCGAACCAGGAGAAUGGAUUGGACCGCUCUCAAAGGCCAAGCAGGUCCAACGUAUUGAAUCUCUACAGAGUCUCUGUAUUCUGUACCCUAUCAAGGAGGUCUGGAGUAGCUACCAUGUCUUGGCAUCAGAUAAGGUGGCAACAUUCUUGAGAGAGAAUCUGUGCACUUCAAACGUAGAUGUUGCUGAGCCAAGACAGUCUGCGACACUAGCAUCCAUUGCGGACAAACUCCAGAAACUGACCCCUCACUUCCAUGUCAUGUUGGAGGAUGAGUGUGCCCUGUACCUUGCGGAUGUCUUUGAAGGUGAGGUGAACUUCCUACAGGCUGUCCAGGAGAUCUAUUUAUCACCGCUUCAGGAAGAGGUGGCAUCUAUGAUGGAGGAAGCCUGUGAAGGCAUUAGGAGGGGAGGAGCCAAAGGAACAUCAUCAUCCAAUGGCAGUGCAACAAAGAGCAUUGGGGCUAGGGAUUGGCUGAAUGGAGGCCAUGAACAUGGGAAAGAGCAAACCAAGAAGAAAUCCGUUGUUGAUGAUUCCGUGCUGAUGAGCCUUGAUGAUAUCAAGCAUUACAUAACGAUUGUAGCCCUUCUACAUGACCUAAAUCAACGACUAUGUCAGCUAUCCCAGCAUGCAACAUGGGAAGGAGCACCUCUCUUUAAACCACAGAUCCAUGGCAAGGGAAACCUCAGAGGUGUAUUGAAGCACAAUCGUGAUGGAGGACCAAUGAGAGAUCCCAGGAUGCCAUCAGAGCACACUGGCCGAGGGGUUCUACCAGAGGCUAUCCCGCCACCUUUUGGUGUUAUGCCUGGGAUGGUUUGCUCUGAUUAUGGAGGAAGAAGGUCCAGCCCUGUCGUAGAAAGUCCCUCACAUCAGCUAAGUAAAUGGAACUGGUCAAGUGUAGUGGAGAAUAUGACUAGCCUUGUGAUAAGAAGCAUCACUAAGAUAUCUGAAGAUAUGAUGAAGGCUAGCUGUUCAGAAGAAGAGGAUAAGAUGAAGAAGGAGAAGAAAGUUCAGGCUGUAGAAUGUGAUGUUUCCAAAGGUCUUUUAUCUCAACCUUAUUUGAUAUGUCAGAGCGCAUCUUUAGCAACAGACUUCAUCAGCUCUGUGUUGUCUUUGGUGAUGUUUGGAAUAGAUAAAGUGCUUCAGCCAGUUAGAGCUGGUGUAUUAGAAUUGAUGAGUUCAUCAAUCAUGGAAGUCUACCAGCAUCUUACAAAGUUACUUGAGAUCUUCAACCAGAGCUCCAGUGAAAGUGGAUCCAUUCAAGGUCACACCAGGGAUCUGUGUGUGCUCCUGUCUUCAUCGGUAUGGCUCCAGCAGGAGCUCACUUCUUACAAGCGUCUCCUUGGGGAGGAGGAGGCCAAACGUUUCUUUGGUGGUGUUGAGAAGCAGCUGAGUCAGCUAGAGACGGUAGUGCAGCAGCAGAUAAUAUCAAGUCAUGUAAUGGUGGUCUCGACGGUCAUCUUACAAGAUGCCGAGAGUCAUAACUGGGCUGACCAGAGGCCUUUCUUUGAGGAUGAACGAUGUUCCUAUUCCGUUCAGAUGUGGCAUCUUUACCUUCAGCGUCUUCAGCAUGAGCUGUUCACAGUAUGCCCUCCAUCUCAAUCACAACAGAUCUUCGUCUCGGUCCUCAGUGAAUCUAUCACCCUACUCUCAUAUCGAUACAACAAAGGAAAGCCUUCUUACAAGAGAACUCGCCAAUUUAGGGCUGAUAUCACAUCGGUUCUAUUGACAGCCCUCACACAUCUAUGGUCUGCCUGUAGUACCCCUCAACAGCUGGUCUCGCCCCAAUCCCUACUCUCAUCCACCCCUCACUACCCCCUCAACUCAUCCCUUCUCAACAUCCACAAUUCAGCCUCCUGCCUACUAGGGGCCCUGGCCGUGGUGACCUCGCCCCUCUCAGAUCUCUAUAAGAUCUGCAAGAAGGGUUAUCAGAAAAAGAGUGUGACACAUCGCAGUGCGGUGGACAAGGAAGGGGCGGGGUCAAUGGACUGUGAUCAGAGGGUGUGGCUUGCAUGGAUUAGACCCGCCCUGUUUGAGCAGCUAGAACAAGGAUGGAAUUUCCUACCCGACAAGAUUGCAUCAUUCAUCUUGCUGAAACUCCUUGCUAGCCAACCAGCUCUUAGUGAUGUUCUUACUCUGCAGACUCUGCUCUCUCGAGAUGCUCUGCUAGCUACACUAAUGAUGUCAAACACUGGUGCUUCAGUGAGAUAUGAACUCUCCUCUAUCCUACAGCCUCUUAUUGAUGUCUUAGUACUCUGUUCUGAUCAUCCUACAACUCUUGGCUCAGUUCUUAUGGCUGUCAUUGAAAAACAAGACAAUUGGCCGAUGUUCCGAUAUGAUAGCCUUCCAGGCAAGACAACGUCUGUACCUGAUUGGCUGCUCUGCCUGUUUACCGUUCUCAGACCAUUUAUCCACAGAGGAGUAUUAGAGGCUGGUGAAGUGCUGAUGAAACCAAGAAGUUACAGUGAGACCAGUGGAUUCUUAGAGACACUUGGGGAACUCCCUUGUGGAUGUCGUCCAAAACACAGGACCACAGGAACAGCUUCUCACAAACAAGAGAAAGAUUCCAUGUUUGGAGCACUGAAAGCAAUACUCAGAUGCAUCGCUGAGGAUCUGAUCGCUCUACCAACCACUCUCAAGGUUUUCUUCUUCUCACUUCAAGAAAGACUCCAGAGCAACAGUAUCAGAUCCUGCCAUAAUUGUGUGGCUCUACAGAUUAUUGGGAGCUGUGUGUAUGCUACAUUGAGUGAUGAGCAAGAAGUCAGGAGGAUUGUGGGAGAUUCUGUACCAGAGGGUAUUAUUAAAAAGUUUUCUCAGCUUGGAGAUUAUACCUUCCUUUCUUUGACUACUACAUCAAACCAUGGAACACAGGAGAAGUUACCUAACCCUCUACAUACCUUCAUCAAUCUAAACACUGAUUGGUUACAAGAACAGAUUGAUAUCAUUAUAGAUCACCUUGGAAAUGAAUCACUUGGUGAUCUCACCAACUACAACUGGGAUGAAUCUAGUCUAGGUUUUGUAGACGAUUACUACACAGUGCAAGCUGACAAUGUCAACAGGAUGAAAGAUGGUGCUGCUGGACUUAAGAAAAUCAGCAUCCUGUUCAGAAAUAAUCUGGCAUGGUUUCAGCAUCAUCUAGACAUCCCUCCACUUCUACAGACCGAUGAGACACCUACCAUACCAAUCUUCAAUCCAGAUAUCAUCCCUACCGUACCCUCAGACAUACCCACACCAAUGUCAUUCAACCCCCUCUUCUCUUUCAAACGGAUUGAUGAUUCUCCCUUCAGUCAUGAGACCAUCGCUGAGUAUCCCUACGACUGGCCUAAACUUCUGCAGGCCGACCUGGGGCUGAGUGAAGCUGGUUUCCGUUCCCUUCUAUCCCAUCGUUUUGAGAUGCAGGAAGAUGCUAACAUAGAGGAGAGUGAACGCAAACCAGUCCGUGUGCUUAGAUCCAAGUUUGACCUGGACAAAGGUGACCUGGUUUGAAGUCUUGUUAAAAACAAUUUCUAAAAGUAAAAGAUAGAUGUCAAUGUGUUGUGAUUUGUGAGGUUCAAUGAUGGAAGAAUAUAAGUGAUCAAAAAUAAUAUUUAUCGCAGAAGAAGUAGUAUAUGCUGUUGGAUUCUAGAAUCACCAAAAUUAUAUCAAAUCAAGUCUAUGAGUCACACGCAUCGCACUCUGAAAUGUUUGAAUUGGACCAUAUAAAAAUGUUCGGCCAAAAAUUUUCACUUGUUCGUUGUUAUAUUUUGAAAUAUUAGGGGAGAGGGGGUUAAGUGGUUUCUUAUCCAGUGGAUCCGUUCUGAUAUGCUUUCUGAAUAAUACAAUAAUAAGAUAUAUAAUAUUUUCAUAAAUACCAAAUAGAGAAAAGAAUUUGAAAGCUCACCGUGAUUGUUUUCACCUUUCCCAUGUGAGUCACCGAUGAUGUAUAAUAUCAUAGGUAUCAGUACAUCAUUACUUUCUGAUUUUCAGUUGAUCACUACGUGUACAUGUUAGUGAAAUUACAAGUAUAAUUUUGAUAUUCAAAAAAUUUAUGUAAAAUUUCUCUGAAAGUUUUUGUUUUUAUUACUACACUUGCUAUUAGACCCAUUUACAUUGGGCACCUUCCUCAUUCCCUGGGUAAUAGUCAUACAAUUCAACAAUCACU